UUCAUCUUACGUAAAUCCCCCUCAUUAACAGUUCAACUACCAAAAGAUGAGAACAUUUCGACAACAAGAGACCUGAGCAGUCUCUCUGCAGAAACAUUUCCCUCAGCUCCUUCAGGUCUCCGUAGAAAGAGCUUUAUUUUUGCCUGUUCUAGCUGCUUUCGCGUCCAGUGCUGAGCUGCUGGUUUCCUCCAGACACUUGUGCGGACUCUCGACGAGAGUUUUCGGAGGGAAAACGUGCACAAAAUGAGGCAAAAGACAGUUAAUGUGCAAUUGUCCUGGGCAUGCCGGGGUCACCUAGCCAAGAACCCGUUAGCGCCCCCCAUCACCAACCCUCCAUGCUGUCUGCCUCGACACGGGAGCGCCCCCCGGAGUUUGUCCCGUCCGCAGCCGUCCCGUCCGUUGGACAAAACGACGUGGACGACGACUUGUGUCUCAAACGAAAUGAAUGAUCUGCCCAGUACGCUGGAGUUUCUGACAAGAACAAACCCGAUGCUGCACUUCUCUUUAGCAGACAAAAAAACCUGCGGUCUACAACCUCUGAAAAACUCAGCAGGUGCUCGGCUCUUCUGCCAUUUUGAUACGACAGAGUCGCCUUCGGUUCAACUCAACCAUUACAGCGAGCGCGGAUCUCCACAAGUCCGUUGCAACGAAUAUUCCUUUCGAAUACCUGCUGUAGGUUGUCCCGCGUCUCUUUCUCCCAGAAAAGUGGUGACGAUGGCGGGAGCUCAAGUUAUUUUUUCGGAGGUGAGAAUGACAGGGGCUCUGUUUUUGGUUGUGGUCGGGCUCAUGUCCACUGCAGCUCUGGGGAAUAACGGACAGGGCGACGAAGCGUCUAAAUACACAUGUACAACACCUGGCGCUCAAACUGGCAUAUCUGUCACAGUUGACACAACAACCAAGAAAGUCAUGUUCAUAUGCGAUGCGGAGAACCGCAAUGUGCUACCGUCAACCACCACCACAAAGCUCACCAAGUUCUACAACGACAAAGAUAUGCCAGAAGAGAUGGAGUUGGACAAGGUUUUCGGCGAAGGCUCGGAAGCCACUAUCAUGACUGAAAAUGGAGACUCCACGUCAAAAACGACGGUCGUUCUGACGCUGGGAGAACUGCCUGAAAAGUCGACGACAAUAUAUUUCGGUUGCACCAGCACUGCUACGUCCGCCGGUGCAGUGGCUCGUCUUGGAAGAGCCGACAGAGUGUCUGAAACGCCCGUCACGCCAAACCCCCUCGAUGGCAAAUGUAUCGUCACAGUGACAGUUCCUGCCGACCCAGCUGCCAACACAUGCACUCUUACAAAGGGAAACAUGAACCUCGAAAUCAGCAGCACAUCCAAGAGCGUCUCCUUCCAGUGCGACACAGACAUUGCCGUAUUGAAUCCAGAAACUGUUCCAGUUAUGGUAUACGAUGAAUCGUGUAAGGAGGAAGUGAAGCUCUCGGACAAGCUGCCAACAGCCAAGCUCGAGUCGACGAAGCCGGAGUCUGGCCACACGUUCAGGGUAGAGCAUCUGCCGGAGAAUGCACAGAGUUUCUGCUACAAGUGCUCCGCUUCGGCUCCUGAGCAGAAGAAUGGAGUGGCACAAAGUCAGAAGGAUUCAUGCACUGUCAAGAUAAACGUUGCAGCGGCUAGUCUCGAGAGCGCUGCAUCGACAUCCGCCGCAGCGGGGUCAGUGGUGGCGCUCAUUUUUGCUUUAGCACUGACCUCAUUCUUUCUUUUGUUUUCCUUUUAA